AUACAGUGUAAUAAGUAAAGGUUACAAUACGGCGUAGUACAUGGCCCAUUGAAUUUGUGCUAUGUAGACGUAACUCCUGGACGUUUUGGGGUUGAAACCCCUGUUCAUAUUCCGCCAUUUUUGGAAACUUUUUCAUGUUCGACAGAGAAAAUGACGAGAUUGAAAGGUGUAGCUCUGCUAGGAGUACUUCUUGGAUCCAUUGGGACUACGUAUGGCAGUAUUUUAGAGGCACAGUGCCGAGCGAGGUGUUACACAUCAUUGCACAUCUCAAGGGGAGAAUCAUAUAGGAUAUCAUGUUCAAAUUCAACAAAUUGUUCGUCGUGUGUACUGCCAUGUGCAACACAGUACAAAACGUUAGCGCUAUGCAAGGCAAAAUGUGUGUCUGCGACAGAAUUGUCUUGGUGCCACGGCUCUUGCGAGUUCUUGAAACUCACCUACAGCCAAAAGCGCGGCAAUUGCCCACUGCCGGAAGACAUCAGUGGCUUCGGGAAGGCCUGUGCAGAGACCUGCUCCAACGAUUCACAGUGUAAUGGCAUACAAAAAUGCUGCUACAACGGCUGUGGUCACACCUGCCUAGAACCAAUUAUCAACAGAGGCGAACUUCCGCCCAAACCAAGAAAUUCGCCCACAGUGACAGAAAACGACGACGGCCAGUCAGUCACUAUUCGUUGGGAGCUGAGGAGACACGACCCUGAUCCAGGGGGCGUGGUUCUCUAUGUUGUCCAGGGGAGAAACAACACGGGCUACCAUCCAAGCACUAGCCGCAUGGGAGACUGGAAGGACCUAGCAAUCACUGACGAAAUGGAGUAUUUGGCGGAGCUCAAUGUGGGCAAAUACUACAGAAUCCAAGUGGCCACUGUCAACGAAAAUGGCUCUCUUGGCUUCUGCAAGCCAACGCUACCUUUCAGAUUAUCUCGAACUCCUGGAGUCCCGAGCCCACCGCUCAAUCUCCGAGAGGGCCAAUCGACUGACUUCAAUGGCUUCAUCAACCUCAGGGUCAUGUGGGACCCACCCAAGAACAGCGACCUGCAGGUCACCCGCUACCGUGUCUUCUACAGCGAGAGAGUCUCUCGGGCCCUCCCUGACCAUGUAUGGAUCGAGGAAAAAAGCCACAAUGUGCAAGGGGAUCAACAUGAAGUUACCCUGGAGGGUCUGCACCCAAAUACAAGGUAUUACAUUCAGGUUCUGGCUAUCGCCCAGUGGGGGGACGCCCGGAAACGCAGCGAGAGGACCUCCAUCUACAUCAGGACCAUAGACCUCACGCCCCCACGAGAUUCUCCUCCCAUCCUGACGAGAGUCGAGCAGCCAUCUUUGUCAGAGGAAGCGCCUGGUGUGGUGAGAGAGAUUGUUCCCGAUGACCCAUAUUGGGAAGACAGAAAGCUGAAAUGUCGCAUCUCCUGGCUGAAACCCAAAGGUUUUGAAAGGACUGUGAAUCGCUUCAUCAUACAUUGGCAGCCAAUGGGAUGUGCUAAUGAUCAUAUCAACAGCUCGUUAACUGCCACAACACAUGCCAAUGAAAUUUUUCCACGGUAUCCGGUCACGGGAGCCACAACACAUAAUCUGAAUUUCAACAUUUACGACCUGAUGUUUGACUGCCAGUAUCGGGUGUCCAUCGUUGCUGUGUCAGACAGCAUCCAAACCAGCCCAGAGGCAACCGUCCGAUUCUACACACCGCCUUGUAAUGAGCUCAGGGUCAAAGGUCGAGAGAAGCCCGACUGCCCCACGCCAUUGCCAGACAUACCAAGCCCUCCAGAGAACGUGACCUACUUUUUCAUGCUGUUGCACAACAGCAUCACUGCCCGCUUCACGUGGGACCCACCCCAUUUCUCCCUCUACCCAGUCAUCGGGUACCGGAUCAUGUGGGCAGAGCAUAGGACAUUUGAAGACAGGCUGUUUGGGGAAGGCUUUCCCUUACUGGCCAAGGUGGAAAACCUCAUCCUUCCCGCUACAAGGAGGUGGCAUGCCAUUGGAGACAUGAAGUCGGGGACAAGGUAUCGGGUUCAGAUCCAGGCACUGACAAACACCAGCGGUGGUGCGAUGGCCACCGAGGACAUCAAGACGCCCAGGAUACAGGACAAUACGCCAAGGUCUACGCCUGCACCAUCAUCGGUGUCAGUGUCGCCAACGGAAGAUGCCGCAUCAACUCCCAAGCCCACGGAUCAAAUGGAGGUUGGUGCUGGACACUCGGGAACAACGUCAUGGCACGCGGCCUCCAGAACCAGUCAGGGUCUGAUGCUGGUGGCCUGCUGUCUACUGUAUCUCACACUCAGAUGAUAAAGACAGCAGGGCCUAGACCGGGCACUCCUUAGGGUUGUAUAUAAACAUGAAAUGUUGUACUGGAUUCUUAAGACGUUUUCUACUCCUGAGUUAGUUGUCAUUAGAAGGGGUUUGUCGCACAUAGUGUCACAGGAUAGUUGUUGAUUUGGGGUAAAAGUUUCUUGGAAAAGUAUGUAUUUGAAACGGGUAAUCCUAGGAUACCUCACUGUGUUUGGCUGAUGUAGACCAACAGCUAUCCCUUAGAAUAACCCCCAGCAACUCUCCAAAAGUCUGUUCACUUUGAAUUCAGUUUUUCUUCAUUUUGGGGAAAAUUAAAACAGUGCCUGACAAAAACUGCUGAAAUUCGGUGGUCAGUAUUUAUUUAAAGUGUACAGUAAAAAAGUUGCUUAUGUAAUUUAAAAAGGAAAAACUCAUCAGUGCAUAGAGAUGGUGAAGUUCUUUAUCACAUUGUAUAUUUGUUUUUGUACUCUUGUAAGAUAUUGUACACAUAAACCCUUGUACAAAUUCAAAACAACAAUAUAUAUGUAAUUAUUGUCAUGUUUUAAAUAUGAUUUAAUUGUAUAUUUUUUAUGUGUUUGUUUCUGUCCUGUGUGGUGUUCCUGCUACAUCUAUCUCCUUGGUAACUAGCAAAAUUUCAGUUACUAAGGUAGCGCCCUUAUAAUUGCUCUUGUAGAGUUGCCAGAGAGCACAUCAAAGGCAGGGUACCAGUCACUGUGUUUCAGAGAAGGCAUCCAAAAGAUCUUGGAGCUUUCUCCAAAUUUAUGUUUCAAAAAAGAAUUCUGCCAUGCAUACUAACUUAGGGUAAUUGGUACGUGGAGUGAAAUUGUUGAGUUUUUACCCAUUGCCCUUUUUGGUAAGCUGUGUUGAAAGACUCGCUUUGCCUGGAUAAUAGUUUGAAUCUUCAUGGAAGUUUCACUAUCUUCAAAGAUACCAUUCAAAUAUCCAAUCACUCCGUGAAAUGUCAGAUAACUUGUUUUGUGUAAUAUGUAAAUUUGAAUGUCUCAGAUAAUGAUGUCUUUAAGCAGUAUAUCUGAGAAUUUUGUCAUGUGGAACAGAAUGAUGACUAUUUUUAUGUCGUAAAUCCUGUCCUUAUUUAAGUGUCCUUUUCAUGCGUAUCUCCAAUUUGGACGGCAGUUUUGUAACAGUGUACAGUUGCUUAAAACUGUUUGAAUGCUAAUGUUUGUACAAAACAAAACUUGAUUUGUUUUUUUUUAAGUGAUAUUGGACAUGAACUGGUAAUUGGAGGCUUCUGUAGUCCCUUUCUGUUACCUUUGAAUUUAUGGAAAAUGUAUAAAGGCCUGUUCCUUUA